AGAAGGGGGGGGUCAGGCUGCCGCUGUUGUCGCCGCUCCGCCGGCCCCGCGCCCAUGACGAUGCUGCUGGACGGAGGGCCGCAGUUCCCGGCGCUGGGGGUGGGCGGCUUCGCGGCUCCCCGCCACCACGAGAUGCCGGGCCGCGACCCCGCCGCCGCCGCCGGGAUGGGACUGGGCCCCUUCGGGGACUCCUCGCACGCCGCCGCCGCCUUCAAGCUGAACGCGGCCCCGCACGACCUCGCCGCCGGGCAGAGCUCCGCGUUCACCCCCCAGGCUCCGGGCUACGCCAGCGCUCUCGGCCAUCACCACCAUCACCACCACCACCACGCCGGCCAGGUGCCCUCGUACGGCGGGGCCGCCGCCUUCAACUCCACCCGCGACUUUCUGUUUCGCAACCGCGGCUCCGGGAUCGCGGACGCCGGCUCCGGCACGACUCAGCACGGCCUUUUCGGCGGCUCUCCCGGAGGUUUGCACGGCCCCGGCGGCAUCCCGGACAGCCCGGGCUACCUGCUCUUCCCCGGGCUCCACGAGCAGAGCCCGAGCCACACGUCCCCCGGAGGGCACGUGGACAACGGGCAAAUGCACCUGGGGCUACGCGGGGAUCUCUUCGGGCGGCCGGACCCGUACCGCGCCGUCUCCAGCCCCCGCACGGACCCUUACGGCGGGGCCCAGUUCCACAACUACAACCACAUGAACAUGAAUAUGGGAGUGAACGUGGCCGCUCAUCACCACCACCACCAUCACCACCACGGGCCCGGGGCUUUCUUUCGGUACAUGCGGCAGCCCAUCAAGCAAGAGCUGUCCUGCAAGUGGCUCGACGAGAGCCAGCUCAGCCGACCCAAGAAGAGCUGCGACAGGACUUUCAGCACCAUGCACGAGUUGGUCACUCACGUCACCAUGGAGCACGUCGGGGGUCCGGAGCAGAACAACCACAUCUGCUACUGGGACGAGUGCCCGCGGGAAGGCAAAUCCUUCAAGGCGAAAUACAAACUGGUCAACCACAUUCGGGUGCACACGGGGGAGAAACCCUUCCCCUGCCCCUUCCCCGGCUGCGGGAAGGUCUUCGCCAGGUCCGAGAACCUCAAGAUCCACAAACGGACUCACACAGGUGAGAAGCCCUUCAAGUGCGAGUUUGAGGGCUGCGACCGGCGCUUCGCCAACAGCAGCGACAGGAAGAAACACAUGCACGUCCACACCUCGGACAAGCCCUACAUCUGCAAGGUGUGCGACAAAUCCUACACCCACCCCAGCUCGCUUAGGAAACACAUGAAGGUGCACGAAUCCCAGGGCUCGGACUCUUCCCCUGCAGCCAGUUCAGGCUAUGAGUCCUCCACCCCCCCGGCGGUGGGCUCGGCCGGCAGCAAGGACUCCACGAAAACGCCGCCGGCAGCCCUGCAAGGGAACCCCGGCCACAACCCCGGCCUGCCCCCCAAUUUUAACGAGUGGUACGUGUGAAGGCUGAGGCUGCCCGGCCAGAGACUGGACCAAAAGCCUUGGGAACGAGGCGGAAAGGACAAGCCAAGCCCACUGCAGCUCGCUCCCACGGAAAUGGAGUUUCCACACCGACGACCGCAUAGGGCUAGUUAACUGCCAGGAACCCGAUGGGGGGGGAGGGGGGGGACAUCUUUUAUUAUUAUAUUAUAAUUAUUACUAUUUUUUGCAAGCCGAGACGCUGGACUAGCCAUGUCCUUUUCUCAGGAUUGGGUUUCUUUUUUCCUUUCCUUUUUAUUUGUGCAGUUGUUCCUUUGAUUUAUUAUUUUCCCUCUCCUUGCCCCAGUACCUCCGAUUCCCCACUUGUUACUUUUCCUUUUGGUUUGUUUUGGUUUUCUUCUACUUCUUCUUUCGGUGGGAUGUUGACAUGAGGAUGAAAAUUCUCCUUCGCCUUAGUGGUGAUUGUUUAAACUUACAGUCUUAAACCGUGCCAAAGUCCUGUUAUGUCUUGAACUUUCCUCUCUAGCUCUCCUGCUGCUUCUCUCUCUGCUCUCCUCCUCUUUCUCCUUCUCUCUUUCUCUCUCUCUCCAAGCAUUACACUUGUGAAUGUAUUCUCAUCUGAUGGGGUCGGUCAGUAUUUUUCAGGAUGAGGAUGUGGUGUUUAUUCUACCCAGAUUGUGACGUUUAGUAUAACAGUUGCCUUUUUGUAAUAACUUUUUUUGUAAAUACAUAUCCAUGAUGCCAUAUUUAUCGUUCGUAAUUUAAUUAUUGAGACAAAGUGCCGGGAACUGAACAAUAUUUAUGGGGGAGAAAAAAAAAAUUGUUUUCUAACAAAAGAAAAAAAAAAA